AAAAAUAUUUUUGUUGCGUUUAUAAAAAAAAAACUUUGUCUCGCGCCCACUAAAUGUUUAGCCGCAGUAAUUCACAUCCUGGCAAUGGAUCCGCCGCUGACGCAUACACACAUGCAUUUGCCAAUGCUACGCCAGUUAAAUCUCCAGCGGCCGAUAGGAAAACUCCAGAGCGCGAUGCUAAUCGUGGCCAUUGGGGCUCGAAAACGGAAUUUAUGUUAUCCUGCAUAGGCUAUGCUGUAGGCAUUGGCAACGUGUGGCGUUUUCCAUAUUUGUGCUAUCGCAGUGGAGGAGGCGCAUUUUUGGUACCUUAUCUACUAAUGUUGUUCUGUUGUGGCAUUCCUUUAUUUCUAAUGGAAAUUAUAAUGGGCCAAUUUUCCAGCCUCGGCUGCAUAGGCGUCUUCCGCUUGGCUCCAUUAUUUAAAGGCGCUGGUUUCGCCAUAGUGAUUGUGAAUUUUAUUUGCACUUGCUACUACUCUGUGAUUAUUGCCUAUCCAAUAAUGUUUUUAAGUAAAUUACUAUCUCAUAAAUUACCAUGGAUUGAUUGCAAAAAUGAGUGGAAUACCGAAUAUUGUGUGGAGGUUUUAGAAUUAGGGAAACGUAAUUUUACACACCAUACCGGCUUUCGCACACCAGCCGAUGAGUUUUUUCAGUGA